AUGCCUCACCUCUCUGCAAGCACAGGUAAGGACAGACACAAGGCUAAAGCUCAUGUAUAAUGUAUGGUAUUCAUGUUUAAUGUAUGUGUUACUACAUCACUAUUGUAUAGUUAGUUAUUGGACAUAUGUCUGGAUUCAUAUGCCUUGUUAUGUUAGAUUUUUGUUUUGGAAUUUUCAAUAAUAUGAUAUUCUCAGUCAGAGAGGCAUCUUUCAGUCUUGAAUGCUAGUGCAGCUUAGCCUCCAUGUAUAUAUAGGCACAUUCACACUUAAUUUAGCCUAGGGCUAUGAACCCACUUGGCUAAGAGUGCUCUUAGUACCAGCUUUUUGGGGCCAGCCAAUCACAGAGUUCUGUUGUCUCCUAAUUUGAAUAUUAAUUGUGGGUAGCAGUAUGAAAAGGCCUAUAACGUAGUACAGCCUCUGCCAAGAGGUUUUAACCUUGAUGGCACAGGAGGUAGUGUGCUUGCUCUGUAAUGGGGUAAUGCUUUUCUCAUUGUAGGGUUGCAUGAGACUCUGGCCCUGCUCACCUCUCAGCUCCACCCUGAUGCCAAACACAAAGAAGACCUGGUGUUCCUCAAGGAUGUCUUCAGCGAGAAGAGCCUGGGUUAUCUGAUGAAGGUACAACCCUAUAGAUUUGUUUAGGGUUGUUUAUGUUUGAUACCAUUCCAGCCAUUACUAUGAGCCUGUCCUCCUAUAGCUCCUCCCACCAGCCUCUGAUGUGUUGUACCACAGAUCCAUGAGAAGUUGCGCCAGUAUGAGCGGCAGAGCCCUAUUCCAGUUCUCCACAGCGCCUCCUGUCUGGCAGAGGAUGUAAGUACAUCCACAACCCACUGAGUUGAAAACACAGGACAGGUGAAGAGGAUUAAUAAAUGUCAGUGAAGAUGGAGGAAGAUAGAUUCAGUUGUGUUGAGUCACCAACAAUAUGUCUUAGGCCUACUUAUGAUGACAUCCUAAUGCUGUAAUUGACAGUUGGCUGAGGAGAUUCAGAAUGGACCAAUGGAAGGUGAUGAGAGGGAACUGCUUCUGCUUCUGAGUGCUCCUCAUCUCAAGGUACACAUGUCUCACACACACACACAAACACUCUCUCUCUCUCUCUCUCUCUCUCUCUCUCUCUCUCUCUCUCUCCCUCUUGUUUUUUAUCUCUUCGACAUCAUCAAAAGCAAACACUAAGCCUUUCUACAGCCCAGACACGGGGUGAGUCCCAAAUGGCACCCUAUGUAGUGCACUAUGUAGGGAAUAGGGUGCAAUUUGAGAUGCAGCCACAGACAGUCCUCUUCAGUCACAUUAAUCAAGGUCAUUAUGCUCAAUUUAAUGGCUUUUUGUGUAUGACAGCUAGGGAAGAAAUCACAGCUCACAACAUUAGUAUAGUAAUAUCUUCAUUAUACCCGCUCGUUUUCACAAUAGCCUGGGGGGAUUUUGUCUCUCUUCAAUCUCUUCUCGAGGUUCUUCAGGCUCAAUUUCUUUGUGCCUCUCUUUCUCUCUUUCCGUGCCUAGCUCAUUCAAUUUAUUGAUUGUCUGUCUGUCCAACUCAGUUUUAGUGGAAACAAAAGAUUCAUCAUCAUCGUCAUCGUCAUCAUUUAGGAUGUGUCCCAUCUCACUAUGGUCUGUCUCUCUCUGACCUCUGACUCCUAUAGGCUAUCCUGGCAGCCCAUGACACGGUGGCCCAGAAGAACUUUGACCCCGUGCUGCCCCCGCUGCCAGAUGAAGUGGAAGACGAGCUGCAGGAAGAGUCUGUGAAGAUUGUCCGGUUGGUGAAGAACAAGGAGCCCCUGGUGAGUCUUGAUACGAUAAGAUGUGAUAUGAUACAAAAUACAGUACAAUUUACGUUAGCUUACAAUAUACGAUACAGUACAAUACUUUAUUGUGGGUGCAUGAGAUUCUGGCCUCAUUUCAUGGAAAUUCAUUUUGAGAGGCCAGUGGUACAUUUAAAUUAUAAUAUGCACAACCAUACUCAACCAUUUAGAGUUUGGCUAUAAGCAGGUAGGUGUCAUGCUUUGUGAGUCUCUUCUGUGAGUUAGUUAAGUGUCUGUGAGUUAGUUAAGUGUCUGGGAGCUGGUUAAGUGUCUGGGAGCUAUAGUUACAUAGUAUCACCUGGUGAAAUUUUCCAGGGGGCGACCAUCCGCAGAGAUGAGGUGACGGGGGCUGUAAUAGUGGCCAGGAUCAUGAGGGGAGGGUCUGCGGACCGCAGUGGUGAGAGAGCAGCACGCGUACACACACACACACACACACACACAGUAUAAACCCUCACUCCCACAACAAUGCCCUACCCCUCAUAUGGUACUGUACCAACCCUAUCUUAGAUCCUUCCCCAUACCACCACCACCAAAGUAACCUACCUCCAUCCUCACCAUUUUUCAUUCACAUUCAUACCCACCCACAUAAACUACCAACCUGGACAUAGGGGUAGACGUAACAUAGUAAAUGUAAAUCCGAGACACUCCAAUUAGUAUGAUAUGUUUCGUUUCAUAUGGUAUGUAUUUAUUUGUGGAUGUCCAUCCUAUGAUAUGUUACGAAUAAAAAAAGUAAAACAAAAAAAGUGUUCAGUAAAAAAAUGUAAGCAAAUAACUAAAGAGCAGCAGUAAAAUAAAAUAACAGUAGAGAGGCUAUAUACAGGGGGGGUACCGGUGUAGAAUUAAUUGAGGUAAUACGUACAUGCGGGUAGAGGUAAAGAGACUAUGCAUAAAUAAUAAACAGAGUAGCAGCAGCGUAAAAGAGGGGGAUGGGGUGGGGGGGGGGGGGGGGGGGGGAGUCUUUGACAAUUUUGAGGGCCUUCCUCUGACACCGCCUGGUAUAGAGGUCCUGGAUGGCAGGAAGCUUGGCCCCAGUGAUGUACUGGGCUGUACGCACUACCCUCUGUAGUGCCUUGCGGUCGGAGGCCGAGCAGUUGCCAUACCAGGCGGUGAUGCAACCAGUCAGGAUGCUCUCGAUGGUGCAGCUGUAGAACAUUUUGAGUAUCUGAGGACCCAUUCCAAAUCUUCUAAGUCUCCUGAGGGGGAAUAGGCUUUGUCGUGCCCUCUUCACGACUGUCUUGGUGUGUUUGGACCAUGAUAGUUUGUUGGUGAUGUGGACACCAAGGAACUUGAAGCUCUUAACCUGUUCCACUACAGCCCCGUCGAUGAGAAUGGGGGCAUGCUCAGUCCUCUUUUUUUCCCUGUAGUCCACAAUCAUCUCCUUUGUCUUGAUCACGUUGAGGGAGAGGUUGUUAUCCUGGCACCACACGUCCAGGUCUCUGACCUCCUCCCUAUAGGCUGUCUCAUCGUUGUCGGUGAUCAGGCCUACCACUGUUGUGUCGUCUGCAAACUUAAUGAUGGUGUGGGUCUAUGGUUUCUGGGAUAAUGGUGUUGAUAUGAGCCAUGACCAGCCUUUCAAAGCACUUCAUGGCUACAGACGUGAGUGCUACAGGUCGGUAGUCAUUUAGGCAGGUUAUCUUAGUGUCCUUCGGCACAGGGACUAUGGUGGUCUGCUUGAAACAUGUUGGUAUUACAGACUCAGUCAGGGACAUGUUGAAAAUGUCAGUGAAGACACUUGCCAGUUGAUCAGCACAUGCUCAGAGUACACAUCCUGGUAAUCCGUCUGGCCCUGCGGCCUUGUGAAUGUUGACCUGCUUAAAAGUCUUACUAACAUCGGCUAUGGAGAGCGUGAUCACAUAGUCAUCCAGCUCUCAUGCAUGCUUCAGUGUUGCUUGCCUCGAAGCGAGCAUAGAAGUGAUUUAGCUCGUCUGGUAGGCUUGUGUCACUGGGCAGCUCGCGGCUGUGCUUCCCUUUGUAGGCUGUAAUAGUUUUCAAGCCCUGCCACAGAGCCGGUGUAGUACGAUUCAAUCUUAGUCCUUCCUAUAUUGACUCUUUGCCUGUUUGAUGGUUCGUCGGAGGGCAUAGCGGGAUUUCUUAUAAGCGUCCGGGUUACAGUCCCGCUCCUUGAAAGCGGCAGCUCUACCCUUUAGCUCAGUGCGGAUGUUGCCUGUAAUCCAUGGCUUCUGGUUGGGGUAUGUACGUACGGUCACUGUGGGGAUGACGUCAUCAAUGCACUUAUUAUACUCCCGAGUGGCGCAGCUGUCUAAGGCACUGCAUCUCAGUGCUUGAGGCGUCACUACAGACCCCCUGGUUAGAUUCCAGGCUGUAUCACAACCGGCCAUGAUUGGGAGUCCCAUAGGGUGGCGCACAAUUGGCCCAGCGUCGUCCGGGAUUGGCCGGUGUAGGCCGUCAUUGUAAAUAAGAAUUUGUUCUUAACUGACUUGCCUAGUUAAAUAAAGGUAAAAUAAAAUAAAAUAAAAAUUGAUGAAGCCAGUGACUGAUGUGGUGUACUCCUCAAUGCCAAAUGAAGAAUCCCGGAACAUAUUCCAGUCUGUGCUAGCAAAACAGUCCUGUAGCUUAGCAUCUGCGUCAUCUGACCACUUUUUUAUUAACCGAGUCACUGGUGCUUCCUGCUUUAGUUUUUGCUUAUAAGCAGGAAUCAGGAGGAUAGAGUUAUGGUCAGAUUUGCCAAAUGGAGGGCGAGGGAGAGCUUUGUAUGCAUCUCUGUGUGUGGAGUAAAGGUGGUCUAGAGUUGUUUUUCCUCUGGUUGCACAUUUAACAUGCUGGUAGAAAUUAGGUCGAAUGGAUUUAAGUUUCCCUGCAUUAAAGUCCCCGGCCACUAGGAGCGCUGCCUCUGGAUGAGCGUUUUCCUGUUUACUUAUGGCCUUAUACCGCUCAUUGAGUGCAAUCUUAAUGCCAGCAUCAGUUUGUGGUGGUAGAUAUAUACAGCUACGAAAAAUAUAGAUGAAAAGUCUCUUGAUAAAUAGUGUGGUCUACAGCUUAUCAUGAGAUACUCAACCUCAGGCGAGCAAAACCUUGAGACUUCCGUAGUAUUAGAUUUUAUGCACCAGCUGUUGUUUAAAAACAUACACAGACCGCCAUCCCUUGUCUUUCGGGAGUCAGUCGUUCUAUCCUGCCGAUGUAGCGUAUAUCUCAUCAGAUGUAUGUUGUCCCUGUCGUCGUUCAGCCACGACUCGGUGAAACAUAAGAUAUUACAGUUUUUAAUGUCCCGUUGGUAGGAUAACCUUAAUCUUAGGUCGUCUAAUUUAUUUUCAAAUGAUUGAACAUUGGCUAAUAGGAUUGAUGAAAGAGGCAGUUUACUCGCUCGCCGUCGGAUCCUUACAAGGCACCCUGACCUACGUCCAUGAUAUCUCUGUCUCUUUCUCAUGCGAAUGAUGGGGAUUCGGGCCUUGUCGGGUGUCUGUAGGAUAUUGAAGAAAAAAUCUUCGUCCAAUACGAGGUGGCUCUUUUGGUCAUAACAGACGGUGGCAGAAACAUUAUGUACAGAAUAAAUUACAAAUAACGCGAAAAAACACACAUAAUAGUACAAUUGGUUAGAGGGCUGUAAAACGGUAGCCAUCUUCUCCGGCGCCACUUCAAACAAGGUUAGGGUUAGGAGUUAGGUUAAAGGGUUAGGGGAAUGGUUAUCUAACAUGCUAAGUAGUUGUAAAGUAGCUAAAAAGUAGCAAGUAGUUCCAAAGUUGCUAAAAUGCUAAAGUUGUCUGUGAUGAGAUUCAAACACGCAAACUAUGCGUUGCUAGACGUUGGCGUUAUACGCUCACCUAUCUUGACCAACCAGCCUUAAGAAAUCUUCUGUCUUAUGUAACCAUACCAAACGUAACAUAUCAUACUAAUUUGAGUAUCCCGGAUUUACAUUUACUAUGUUACGUCUAUUCUAUGAGACCAGGCUGAAACUACAGUUCCACUUUACUCAACUCAACCCUAUCUAUUGGUCAGCAUCCCAACCUAUUACAACAUAAUGAAGGUUAUUCAUGGUCAUAUACCCCUGUCCUCACCCCAAAAGUAAAACUUCUUGGUUUAAGUCAACUGGAUGACUCAAGACAGCAAAUCCCAUCUCUCUCAACCUCGAAAGUCUGAAGAACUUCACAUUUAUUUACAUUUUAGUCAUUUAGCAGACGCUCUUAUCCAGAGCGACUUACAGUUAGUGAAUACAUAUUUUUUUGUACUGGCCCCCUGUGGGAAUCAAACCCACAACCCUGGCGUUGCAAACGCCAUGCUCUAUCAACUGAGCUACAUCCCUACCGGCCAUUCCCUCCCCUACCCUGGACCAAUUGUGCACCGCCCAUGAGUCUCCCGGUCACGGCCGGCUGCGACAGAGCCUGGAUUCGAACCAGGAUCUCUAGUGGCACAGUUAGCACUGCGAUGCAGUGCCUUAGACCACUGCGCCACUCAGGAGACUAUUGUAAUUAAUAGCCAAAUUUGAAGUUUAACAAAUAUUGAAAUGCUGAUCGGAGAAGGGAUUAUAUUUCAUGGCCUCACAGAAAUAAAACUAGUCACUACUGUAUAAAGACUAGACAUUAAAUCCUUGAGAUUAGGCGUGUGCCACAAGAUUGCAUUUUGCAGAUUAUUACUGAGAGGGGUUGCAGUCAAAGCUGGUCACUGCCAUUGCCAUGGAAAUGUUAUUGACUGUGUCUGUGUUUUGUUUAGCUCAUGUAUUUUAGAAAGUAAAUGCAUAUGUUGAUGUUUGACUGACUGGUACUGCUUGUAUUGUUUCAUGUCUGUCUGUCUGCCUGCCUCAAGGUCUGGUGCAUGUGGGAGAUGAACUUCGAGAGGUCAACGGAAACCUGAUCAUCCACAAAAGACCAGAUGAGAUCAGCCAGAUUCUGGUAGGUGUAAUGUUUUGCUCUAUUGCUCUCCAAUGUAGCUAAUAUACAGGCUAUCAUUGUUUUCAUUGAAGACAAUGAAUUGCAAUAAUUGAUUAUCAAGGUAAUUUUAGCCUCAUGCUUUAUCCUUUUGACCUUUAUUUAACCAGUCCCAGUCACAAGGCUCCAUCACUUUGAAGAUCAUCCCUGCCAUUGCAGAGGAAGAUAGGCUGAAGGAGAGCAAGGUGAGGAGGGACACCAAAAUUCUUAUUGCCCCCGUUCAGGUAGUAUCUCCCGGUUUAAAAUAAAUUUAAAACGUUAUCUCCAUACUGAACAAAGCCCUGAUUUGUUAUGAGAGUAUCCAGCCAUAGAAGUACAAUGCAUACUUCUAUGUACUAUGAACAUUCUGAGGAAUGUUGAUAGUCCAUUGACAGUCAAAACGUUAUGAAGGCCAUUGUCAGCCAGAAUGUUUUUAUUUUAUUUAUUGGCAGCUAUAAAAAUAAAUAAAGAGAGUCGCACACUCUGUAUAUAGAGUGUGAGAAACGUUGCUAUUUUACCCAAUAAAUUACUGGGUUUUAUAUAUAUAUAUAUAUAUAUAUAUAUAUAUAUAUAUAUAUAUAUAUAUAUAUAUAUAUAUAUACAGUUGAAGUCAGAAGUUUACAUACACCUUAGCCAAAUACAUUUAAACUCAGUUUUUCACAAUUCCUGACAUUUAAUCCUAGUAAACAUUCCCUGUCUUAGGUCAGUUAGGAUCACCACUUUAUUUUUAGAAUGUGAAAUGUCAGAAUAAUAGUAGAGAGAAUGAUUUAUUUCAGCUUUUAUUUCUUUAAUCACAUUCGCAGUGGGUCAGAAGUUUACAUACACACAAUUAGUAUUUGGUAGCAUUGCCUUUAAAUUGUUUAACUUGGGUCAAACGGUUCGGGUAGCCUUCCACAAGCUUCCCACAAUAAAUUGGGUGAAGUUUGGCCCAUUCCUCCUGACAAAGCUGCUGUAACUGAGUCAGGUUUGUAGGCCUCCUUGCUCGCAUAUGCUUUUUCAGAUCUGCCCACAAAUGUUCUAUAGGAUGAGAGGUCAGGGCUUUGUGAUGGCCACUCCAAUACCUUGUCUUUGUUGUCCUUAAGCCAUUUUGCCGCAAGUUUGGAAGUAUGCUUGUUUCAUCAGACCAGAGGACAUUUCUCCAAAAAGUACGAUCUUUGUCCCCAUGUGCAGUUGCAAACCGUAGUCUGGCUUUUAUAUGGCGGUUUUGGAGCAGUGGCUUCUUCCUUGCUGAGCGGCCUUUCAGGUUAUGUCGAUAUAGGACUCGUUAUACUGUGGAUAUAGAUACUUUUGUACCUGUUUCCUCCAGCAUCGUUACAAGGUCCUUUGCUGUUGUUCUGGGAUUGAUUUGCACUUUUCGCACCAAAGUACGUUCAUCUCUAGGAGACAGAACACGUCUCCUUCCUGAGCGGUAUGACGGCUGCGUGGUGCCAUGGUGUUUAUACUUGCGUACUAUUGUUUGUACAGAUGAGCGUGGUACCAUCAGGAGUUUGGAAAUUGCUCCCAAGGAUGAACCAGACUUGUGGAGGUCUACGAUUUUUUUUGAGGUCUUGGCUGAUUUCUUUUGCUACCAAAUAUGAAUUUAGUGUAUGUAAACUUCUAACCCACUGGGAACGUGAUGAAAGACAUAAAAGCUGAAAUAAAUAAUUCUCUCUACUAUUAUUCUGACAUUUCACAUUCUUAAAAUAAAGUGGUGAUCCUAACUGACCUAAGACAGGGAGUUUUUAACAGGAUUAAAUGUCAGAAACUGUGAAAAACUGAGUUUAAAUGUAUUUGGCAAAGGUUUAUGUAAACUUCCGACUUCAACUGUAUAUAUACACACUACCGGUCAAAAGUUUUAGAACACCUACUCAUUCAAGGGUUUUUCUUUAUUUUCACUAUUUUCUACAUUGUAGAAUAAUAGUGAAGACAUCAAAACUAUGAAAUAACACAUAUGGAAUUAUGUAGUAAUCAAAAAAGUGUUAAACAAAUCAAAAUAUAUGUUAUAUUACAGAUUCUUCAAAUAGCCACCCUUUGCCUUGAUGACAGCUUUGCACACUCUUGGCAUUCUCUCAACCAGCUUCAUGAGGUAGUCACCUGGAAUGCAUUUCAAUUAACAGGUGUGCCUUCUUAAAAGUUAAUUUGUGGAAUUUCUUUCCUUCUUAAUGCGUUUGAGCCUAUCAGUUGUGUUGUGACAAAGUAGGGGGCGGUAAACAGAAGAUAGCCCUAUUUGGUAAAAUAGCAAGUCCAUAUUAUGGCAAGAACUGCUCAAAUAAGCAAAGAGAAACGACAGUCCAUCAUUACUUUAAGACAUGAAGGUCAGUCAAUCCGGAAAAUAUCAAGAACUUUGAACGUUUCUUCAAGUGCAGUCACAAAAACCAUCAAGUGCUAUGAUGAAACUGGCUCUCAUGAGGACCGCCACAGGAAUGGAAGACUCACGAGUCACCUCUGCUGCAGAGGAUAGGUUCGUUAGAGUUACCAGCCUCAGAAAUUGCAGCCCAAAAAAUGCUUCACAGAGUUCAAGUAACAGACACAUCUCAACAUCAACUGUUCAGAGGAGACAUUAGGCCUUCAUGGUCGAAUUGCUGCAAAGAAACCACUACUAAAGGACACCAAGAAGAAGAAAAUACUUGCUUUGGCCAAGAAACACGAGCAAUGGACAUUAGACCGGUGGAAAUGUGUCCUUUGGUCUGGAGUCCAAAUUUGAGAUUUUUGGUUCCAACCGCCGUGUCUUUAUGAGACACGGUGUGGGUGAACGGAUGAUCGCCACGUGUAUUUCCCACCGUAAAGCAUGGAGGAGGAGUUGUUAUGGUGUGUGGGUGCUUUGCUGGUGACACUGUCUGUGAUUUAUUUAGAAUUCAAGGCACACUUAACCAGCAUGGCUACCACAGCAUUCUGCAGCGAUACGACAUCCCAUCUGGUUUGGGCUCAGUGGGACUAUCAUUUGUUUUUCAACAGGACAAUGACCCAACACACCUCCAGGCUGUGUAAGGGCUAUUUUACCAAGAAGAAGAGUGAUGGAGUGCUGCAUCAGAUGACCUGGCCUCCAGAAUUCCCCGACCUCAACCAAAUUGAGAUGGUUUGGGAUGAGUCGGACCGCAAAGUGAAGGAAAAGCAGCCAACAAGUGCUCAGCGUAUGUGGGAACUCCUUCACGACUGUUGGAAAAGCAUUCCAGGUGAAGCUGGUUGUCAAGAGUGUGCAAAGCUGUCAUCAAGGCAAAGGGUGGCUAUUUGAAGAAUCUGAAAUAUAAAAUGUAUUUUGAUUUGUUUAACACUUUUUUGGUUACUACAUGAUUCCAUAUGUGUUAUCUCAUAGUUUUGAUGUCUUCACUAUUAUUCUACAAUGUAGAAAAUAGUAAAAAUAAAGGAAAACCCUUGAAUGAGUAGGUGUUCUAAAACUUUUGACCGGUAGUAUAUAUAUAUGUAUAUAUAUAUAUAUAUGUAUAUAUAUAUAUAUAUAUAUAUAUAUAUAUAUAUAUAUAUAUAUAUAUAUAUAUACUGUGUGACUCUCUUUAUUUAUUUUUAUUUUUAUAGUUUACAGUUUAUUCGGCGUUAGUCAGCACAUCUACACAAAAUAAUUAUCUCUGGGUGUGCGCCAGCUCAUGCUAUUUAUUUAUUGGCACACAAGAAAAAUACUAAACAAUAUGAUGAGAGUUUGAAAGGCAAACGACAGAGAGGUAAAAAACCUUGAGAGGCUUAAAAUAAAACAUCACAUUUUAAUUGUGGUGAGCGAAGCAUCUAUUCUUCUCUUAAGAAUGUCUAUGCACCCCUGUCAUGGUUUGAAGCCUGCUCUUCCUGUACUAGGUCUACCUGAGGGCCUUGUUUGGCUACACCCCCUUUGAGGACAAGGCCACGCCCUGCCAGGAGGCGGGACUUCCUUUCAAGCGGGGGGACAUCCUGCAGGUGGUGAGCCAGGACGAUGCCACCUGGUGGCAGGCCAAGAGAGUGGGCGACAGCAACCUGAGGGCCGCCCUAAUCCCCUCCACACAGUUCCAGGAGAGGUAGGCAAGACUGCAUUUUUUAGAAUGGUUUCAACUUUAAAGAGUACGAAAUAAUGGGCAUGCCUCAAGGACAACUUACUCAAGGGCUGUGCUCUAUAUGAUGUCAUAUUGCUGAGUUUACCUUUAAUUUGAGGAAUAGAUUUGUAUGAGUAUUCUGCAUUUUCCAAACACUGUUGGGAUAUAAUUGCCAAUGUUAUUGGGAAGAGCCAGUAGUGUCAAUCUUGGCAGAUUAGAAUUUAGUUAUCGUUGAUUUUCUGUAAGCAGGAAGUCACCUCACUGUGUAUGAUGAUGUCAAAUUGCUGAGUCUAUCUUAUAUUUGAGGGAUUUCUACCAAUCAACACCUCUCCCAGGCGUCUUAAAUACAGAAUAAAGAUGGGCACUUACCAGGCGCCUGUGUCACCGAAAACACCCACAUGUAAGUUCUCUCAAUACACUGAUUCCCAUGAUCACUUAUAUUUUACACUAUUAGUAAUAAAAACAGUUUGGGCUGCACAUUGUAUUAUUUGCAUUCUAUAAAUUUUUAUACUUUAUGUAGAGAGCCAGAAAGAAAGAUAAAGGAUAUCAAAAGAGAGGAGGAAUUGUAGAAUGAUUCUCCAAUGGUUAAUCAUUUUAUUCAAUUCGGAAGCAAAUAUGACAACAAAUCUGUAGGUGGGCAAACAAAGGGUAAUAUUACUGUCCUCUCUUAUAUCGUUAUCUGUCUGAGUAUUGACUGUGAGGUCUUACAUUUUGAUAUGCUCUAAUGUUAUCUGUACCUUGACAUGACUGCAUUACUUAUCAUGUGGGCACUGCCUGUUUGAGUUGUGUUAAUUUCCCCCCUUACUGCUCACCUCAGAUGAUCCGGCUGAAAGAGGUAGGUGGAGAGUGCACACACACACACACACAGAAACUUGUCGAAUGUUUGUUUUUUUGCUUACGUACCCUACCUUCCUUGACCCAAUACUUGCAACAAACCUGCCUGCUUUGCUCUACCACCCUAACUCCCCUCCUCAUCCCUGGACUCUUUAGAAACCUCCACAGUCCACACAUCCCUUCAAAACUUCCCCUCCCCUCUCACCCAGUAUUCUCUCCCUGCUUGCCUCCCUACAGCAGACUGUGACAGUGAGGGCUCUCAGAAUGGACAAGACAUAGGUGAGGGCAUCACGGACUAAGCUCCACUCACAAACACGCUUCAUAUUAGCCCCGAUGCUAAAGCUAAGCUUUACCUAGCCUCAUGGCUAAGCUAAUCCAUUCAGCGAAAGGUUGAUGUGGGCUGUUGAAACUAAUUUUGUUCAAACUAAUGCAUUAUGACACCAUUAUUUACCAUUAUGAGGUCUUUAUUAUGUAGCUCUAGUCCCUUUUUGAGAGUUUAAGUGAAGGUUUACCAGAUCUCCAUCACACCACAUCUCCUUUACCUUGACCUUCCUUGUGACUUUGGCCAUGUUCCAGACCGCCUGCAAAGCAGUCGCACUGCACACAUUAACCAAUGAUUGAGUACUACAUCAUAUCCAUUGCAGUCGUGCAUCAGAUUACAAUAUCAUAUUGAAGCGGUUACCUGCAAUAUGGGUGGCCUGGAAUGUGGCUUAUAUGGCAACUCUGCUGCCCUCCCCAGUCCUCAAACCCACUUCCACCUUUCUAGCUAGUAUCUCUACUGCUUUGCUAAUUGCUAAUUCAGGAUCCACCUCUCAUACUAUGUUAGAAGUGUCUUACCAUGGCUUAAUGCUGCUGAACACUUUUGCCACCUCCUUUUUGGUUUCUUGAACAGAGUUGGGUCAAUUCCGUUUAAAUUGUGGUUGGUUGAAUUAAAGUUGUGUUCCUAUGGGAAAAAAUCCACAUCCAAUUCAACAGACUUAGUGCUGAUUCUUGUCUACUUCAGUAUGCUAUGUGGCCUUUUGUUGAGCGCCAUUACUGUGUACAUUUGUGGUGCUUGGUGUGUUUGCCUCACUGUGCAGAGUAGCAGCUUUCUUUAAACUCUAUUGUUUACAGAGAGCGUUUCCUUUAUUUUAUACUUUAAGCUAUAGGUGCUUCUUGUGUUUUUGUCUACUGGUGCUUGCCUAUAAAGAGGCCUUGCAUUGGACGCAUGGCUAACUCAACCAAGCUUAUCUGCUCUUUCGCCGCACCAUAUCAGACACUGGGGCUGGUUGAGUCUAAUGCUAGUUGUAGUUUUUUCCAAUAAGAGUAAAGCGACCCCUGCUUCCUGUGGCCAUGCUUUUUCCUGGGAUUUUUACUCAGGUACCAUUACAGACUUUUAUUGACGUCGUAGUGUGCGUGUUAUGUGGCAUUUUCCUUUCAUAAUUUUUUUUUUUUUUUUUGGGGGGGGGGGGGGGUGAAAUCGAUACUUUUAUCUGGUGCCCUUUGAUCAGCCAAGCAACGUUUUGUGAUUGGAAGCCUUUUCUGAAAAUAAGCUUCUCUCUAAAUUAUACUGUGAAGUUAGCCUGAGUGAUAGUUUGUCUCUGCUUUCGCAAACUAUGAAUCGUCAAUGUUGUGUUAUUUAUAUUUUUAAACAGUCAGGCACCCAGGCUAAGGUUUAAGUGUUCAUUUUAGGCACCCAGACUAAAGUGUUAAGUGCUCUUUCUUGCGUUUUGUAUCUGUCUGUCCGUCUGUCCCUCAUAUUUGUCUGUCUUUCUGUGUGACUGUGACCUCAGCUGGUCUACGCAGAAGUUUCCGUCUGAGUAGAAAAGAUCGACAGGGAUCCCCGGGAGAGCCUCGUACUCCAGACUCGGCCCCACUGGACUUCCUGAUCUAUGAGGAAGUGACACGCUACCAGCCCCGCCCCAGCGAGAGGCCCCGCCUAGUGGUGCUGAUAGGUAAAGGACAUGAGGGCUCUGUGGGUUAUUAGUGCCAAGCUGACUAUGGUCUUGGGAUAAAUUAAACUACAUGUAUAAGAUUUAGGAUUUCUGAAUUUACCAAUCCAUAAUGUUAGCUAGUUGUGUUAAAAACACUCUCUCUCUCUCUCUCUCUCUCUCUAUAUAUAUAUAUAUAUAUAUAUAUAUACAGUGCAUUUGGAAAGUAUUCAGACCCCUUCACUUUUUCCACAUUUUGUCACGUUACAGCCUUAUUCAUCAAUCUACACACAAUACCCCAUAAUGACAAAGCAAAAACAUGUUAGUAGAAAUGUUUGCAAAUGUAUUUAUUUUUAAAAACGGAAAUAUGGCAUUUACAUAAAUAUUCAAACACUUUACUCAGUACGUUGUUGAAGCACCUUUAGCAGCGAUUACAGCCUCGAGUCUUCUUGGGUAUGACGCUACAAGCUUGGCACACCUGUAUUUGGGGAGUUUCUCCCAUUGUUCUCUGCAGAUCCUCUCAAGCUCUGUCAGGUUGGAUGGGGAGCGUUGUGGAACAGCUAUUUUCAGGUCUCUCCAGAGAUGUUCGAUCGGGUUCAAGUCCGGGCUCUGGCUGGGCCACUCAAGGACAUUCAGAGACUUGUACCGAAGCCACUCUUGCGUUGUCUUGGCUGUGUGCUUAGGGUCGUUGUCCUGUUGGAAGGUGAACCUUCGCCCCAGUCUGAGGUCCUGAGCGGUCUGGAGCAGGUUUUCAUCAAGGAUCUCUCUGUACUUUGCUCCAUUCAUCUUUCCCUCAAUCCUGACUAGUCUCCCAGACCCUGCCACUGAAAAACAUCCCCACAGAAUGAUGCUUCACCGUAGGGAUGGUGCCAGGUUUCCUCCAGAAGUGAAGCUUGGCAUUCAGGCCAAAGAGUUCAAUCUUGGUUUCAUCAGACCAGAGAAUCUUGUUUCACAUGGUCUGAGAGUCUUUAGGUGCCUUUUUCGCAAACUCUAAGCGGGCUGUCAUGUGCCUUUUACUGAGGAGGGGCUUCCGUCUGGCCACUCUACCAUAAAUGCCUGAUUGGUGGAGUGCUGCAUAGGUGGUUGUCCUUCUGGAAGAUUCUCCCAUCUCCACAGAGGUACUCUGGAGCUCUGUCAGAGUGACCAUCGCAUUCUAGGUCACCUCCCUGACCAAGGCCCUUCUCCCCCGAUUGCUCAGUUUGGCCAGGCGGCCAGCUCUAGGAAGAGUCUUAGUGGUUCCAAACUUCAUCCAUUUAAGAAUGAUGGAGGCCACUGUGUUCUUGGGGACCUUCAAUGCUGCAGAAAUAGUUUGGUACCCUUCCCCAGAUCUGUGCCUCGACACAAUCCUGUAUCGGAACUCUACGGACAAUUCCUGAGACCUCGUGGCUUGGUUUUUCCUCUGACAUGCACUGUCAACUGUGGGACCUUAUGUAGACAGGUGUGUGCCUUUCCAAAUCAUGUCCAAUCAAUUGAAUUUACCACAGGUGGACGCCAAUGAUGUUGUAGAAACAUCUCAAGGAUGAUCAAUGGAAACAGGAUGCACCUGAGCUCAAUUUCAAGUCUCAUAGCAAACAUUUGCAAAAAUGUCUAAAAACCUGUUUUCACUUCGUCAUUAUGGGGUAUAGUGUGUAGAUUGAUGAGGAAGAAAUGUAAUUUAAUCAAUUUUAGAGUAAGGCUGUAACAAAAAAUUAGAAUGCACUGUAUAUACUGUAAUUGUUUUAUUGAGGAACCUUAGCUGAUAGGUUGAAUUGCCUGUUCUUGUCAUUGAAAGCGUUUUUAAUAUCUACAACAAUUGAUCAAAAAUGUACAUUACCCAGUGGAGGCUCCUCAGAGGAGGAAGGGGAGGUCCGUCCUCCUCAGUGAAUUUCAUGAAAAAAAAUUGUGAAACAUUACAAAAGUUAUCCUUUUUAGAUAAAACUAUGCUACAAAUAUUAAAAUGUCACCAAAUUAUUGAUUAAAACACACAGUUUUGCAAUGAAAGUCUACAGUAGCCUAAACAGCACUCUGUAGGGUAGCACCAUGGUAUAGCCGGAGGACAGCUAGUUUCCGUCCUCCUCUGGGUACACUGACUUCAAUACAAAACCUAGGAGGCUCAUGGUUCUCACCCCCUUCCAUAGACUUACACAGUAAUUAUGACAACUUCCAGAGGACAACCGCCAACCUAUCAGAGCUCUUGCAGCAUGAACUGAUAUGUUGUCCACCCAAUCAAAGGAUCAGAACUGAAAGCAUAAGCUACAGCUAGCUAGCGCUGCAGUUCAUAAAAUGUGGUGAGUACUUGACUCAAAGAGAGAGAAAGACAAUAGUUGAACAGUUUUGAACAAAUUAAUUUCUUCAAAAAUGUAGGAGAAGCGAGAGAGAGAAAGAGAGAGAGAUUUUGUUGGAUUCUUUUUUUUUAAACUUUCACUUUCACUUAGCUAGCGAAUGCAGUUAGCUAGUUUAGCCUACUCAAACACCCGGCUCAAAGAGAGAGGGAUGCUAUGUUAGCUAGCUGGUUAUGGCUAUCCAACACUGGAACUUUUCCAAGUCAAGGUAAGGUUUGAUUAAUGUAUUGCCAUUGGGGCCUGCCGGUGUAACUGCUAAACUGCUUGCUGACUGUACACUGUACUGCAUGAUGGUAGCGGGUUUACUAACACGAUAGUUCUAGUAGUUAUGUUGACUAUGAUGAUAGUGAAUAUGGUGACAGGGAUGUGUAGCGGUUAUGAUAUGAAGGUUUGGCUUGGAAAGAUUUUUUCGCCUGGUCACAGACAGCUGAUUUGUUGUGCACUAAAGUCCACAAGCGAAGGGAAAAGGUGAAAGGAGGAGGAGAGCACGUAGAUGCGAGAAGGAAUUAUGUGAUCAUGCUGUUUGUAUGUGGCUGCUAUGAAAGUGAACGGUGUUUGCAUGUGAUCAGGGGUCUAUUCGUUCUGCUGAUUCUGUUGAAAUACAUUUACAUUUUAGUCAUUUAGCAGACGCUCUUAUCCAGAGUGACUUACAGUUAGUGAGUGCAUAAAUUUUUUCAUACUGGCCCCCUGUGGGAAUCGAACCCACAACCCUGGCGUUGCAAGCGCCAUGCUCUAGCAACUGAGCUACACGUUUCUUAAACAGAACCAAACGGGGAUAAACAUACCGGAAUUUGUCCAAUAGAAACUCUUGUUUGCAACUGUUGGAUUAAUGAUUACACCCUAGAUCAGGUAGAUACAGGCAAGAGUGUGCAAAGCGGUAUUGAAUGUGUCUCUGUCACCUUGAUUACUCACAUUUUUCUUUCGAUUUGUGCACCUACAUUGUAAACUUUCAUUCAUAGGCUAGAUUGUAGCAACCUCAUGAUGGGUAUAGGGAACAUUUUAGUACCAUGUAGUAGCCUAAACCUAUCGAUGUUAUAUUGAACUGGAUGAAUGGAAUAUGAAUCACAGUCAUCCAAUAUGCUGUAAUAGAAAUAAGGCCAUGCUCAUAAAACAAUAAUAUCGUCCUCCCUUAUCUUAAACAGCACCGACUGCCACUGACAUUAUCACACUCCCUUUUAGAGACAUUUUGAAAGGUAGUCUUGUUUCAUGAGAGUCUCAUUUACGAGGGAGGUCCUUCCUACCUGGACUGGCCUCUACUGACCUGCACUAUAAACAUGCAUGCCUGUGUAAUGUAGAGUUGAUGACAAGUGUUCAGACGGAUGGUAACAAGGUGUUCUAUCAUUGUCUGUCUGGCCACAGGUUCCCUUGGGGCCAGAAUUAAUGAGCUCAAACAGAAGGUGAUCGCUGAGAACCCCUGCCACUUUGGUGUGGCUGUACCGCGUGAGUCACACACACACACACACACACACUCAAGUAACCAUAUUUCACUCUCACACACACACACACACAAGUUACUUUAUUUCACACACAGACAUACACGCACACACACAGAGUAAGUGGCAUUGUGUUCAUGUCAUUCUUGGUAUUGUAUUUCUGAAUUUCCUUUCCACCCUAGACACCACUAGAGCCAAGAAGAGUCACGAGAGGGAGGGAGUGGAGUACAACUUCAUCACUAAACAGGCCUUUGAGGCUGACAUUCAAAGCAACAUGUUAGUUCAUACUUCUAACAUUAUAUAAAUUCGCUAAUAAAUUACUAAAAGGUUAAAAAACUUUUAACAAAAAAUGGAAAGUUGAUUAAAGAAAAUUUGAUAUUUUGGUUACCAGAAAAUUGUGAAGAUAAGUAUAGGGCUCAAUUCAAUCUGCGGAAGUUCAGUGUUAAAUCCUGAUUGAAAUUUGGCAAUGUUCCCGCAUUAGCUGAGACUGCAUUCACGUUAAGCACUGCAUAUGUCGGCUUUAUUGGAAAUUACCUUAACAUUUCUAUUGCGGAAUCUGUAACGCUUCAGCGAUACAGAUUGAAUAGAGAGCCCUUAGCAUUUAUCAAUAAUAAUGAAAUGUUUUUCUACUGCAUUUUGUUAGGCUAUGUUUUGUUUGUUCAGUUUUAUAGAGUAUGGGGAGUACAAGGAUAACUUCUAUGGCACCAGUCUGGAGGCCAUCCGCAGUGUGCUGGAUCGAAAUAAGAUGUGCUUGGUGGAUGUACAACCAGAGGUAUGUAUGUAUCUCAGCCAGUUGAGGGGAAAAUGUGGACGACGGGCUUAUUGUAAUGGCUGGAAUGGAAUGGUCCUCCCCUUUUCUUACUCCACCCUCCUCUACUGAUCUCAGUCAACAGAUUCACAUAACUAUUGUAAGUACAGUGACAUGUACACAAUCGACUGCAUAAAAACAAAAACUAUUACUUGCAGUGUUGAUACGUUAUGUAACAAAAGUUUGUGACUAUGGCACAACCUACAUGUGUCUUACGCUAUUUCUGUGUAAACCAUUUGAGGUUAACCAGAACCAUGUGCAUUGUGCCGUCCAGGAUGAUGAUUAUGAUGAGUAAUGUGUUCUGUCCUCCAUCAGGCACUGAAGAUCCUAUGGACAGCUGAGUUUAAGCCUUAUGUCAUAUUUGUGAAGCCUCGUAUCCAUGAGAGCCACUGCAAACGUCACGGCUCCUCCUCGUCACUCAGUGUAGGCAUCACGGUGAGUUACACAUACAUACACACAGUAUGGACAGGAGUUUUUCCUGAUCAGGUUGCAUGGCCAGGAAAAACUCAUGGCCACACACAUAGGCAUUACCUUUUCCCCAGACACACUACAGACUGAAGACAUAAUAUAAAUUUAAAAACAAACACAACACAUUCACCUUAUCAAUACACCAAUCAUAUAGAGAACCCACACCUUUAAGUCAAACUCCCCCUAUGGACACACCCAACCUCAUAGGGAUAGCAGUCACAUCCUAUUGACAUACUUGAAAAAGAGAAAAAGCAGCUGUUUCACAAUUUGAGAACAAAAUAGGCUAAAUGAGUUCAAAUGGACAGGAUAAUAAAUAGCUAUGAUUUUAAAACAACUGAUAGUCCUGAAUCUCUCUCUCCACUCUCUCUGUCCCAUGGUUAGGAGGAGGACCUUCAGGAAAUGAGGCAGUCGGCCGAGCUGAUGGACGAGCGCUACGGCCACCUGGUGGACCGGGUCCUAGUGAAGGAGGACUUGGCCAGUGCCUGUGUAGAACUCCGGGACAUCCUGCAGAGGGUUGAGACAGAGGUCCACUGGGUGCCUAUUUGCUGGGUCCGAACCACCUAGCAUACACUCCCUGGCGCUACAGAGGGGCUAUGGCAUAUAAUACAAUUAAAACCAUGCCAUUAGAAACUAGCGGGUGACAUUGAGAUAAUGGGAAUGGAUUUGAAUUUUUAAGCGUUUCACUGCCAUUGUGUUCAACCACUGCCAUAAUCUCACAAGCCAGAACCAAAUCUCACAUGCGCUUACGUUAACAGUCACAAGAGACUACCACUGCCAGAGUGAUGGUGUUGGUGGUGGCAAACGGACAUUGAGAUGAGUGGAGAACGAAGAGGGAACUUGGGAAUGGGACCUUUCCACAAGGACAACGGCUAUCGGUGGUAACUCAGUGGAAUCAUUUGGAGCAGCUUGGGUUGCCUGGCUCUUGACAGACUCUUGAGAGACUUGUUGUUGCCAUUACAUGUUGGAUCAGAAGUAUUGGCUGUUGUCACCUCAAGAUCAACUAUAUUUUGCAUUGCUGAAUUGUGGACAGUUUAAACAUUUUUAUUAUUAAUUCAUCCUCAUUGUAUGAGCUUGUCCUGUUUAGUUCAUUUUUAAUAGAGGCUAUGUGCAAUGGGGAGUUGUGGAUACUGGCUGAACUAAAGCAUAGUAAUCCAAUGUUGUUGAUCAGUAGGCUAAU